GGUAUAUUUUGUUAUAUUUCUGAGGACCGUAUUUCAAAAUUCCGCGUUGACACUGGAAGUGGGGUAGCGGGUGCUCGUCCAAUUAAAUUAAUUUAAAUACAUUGUGAAUGUGCAUAAUACGCACAUAAUACGUGUAUGUGCACGCAAGGAGCACGUAUUUCUAAAUAGCCACAAAACGAGUCUCGGUGGGCUCAAGUGAUAAGAAGUUUCUGUGCUGUGUUUGACACACGUGAAAAAAUAGGCGCUGAAAAGAAAACCCCUAGGCCCACAGUUAGCUUCGAGUCAUACGACAUAUACACGUAUACAAAUGCGCGGAAAGUGAAAAGCGCCUGCGGAAAGUUUCACGAAAUCUGAAGUGUUAUCAUCCCACCCUUACGCUCAGCCACACACUCCACCACCCGCCGCACUCAAUAGAAAGUAAAAAUGCCGCUGCUUGUCUACAAGGAAAGUCACAUUCUCAGCGCCCAGCAGCUGCGAAAGCUCAGCGAACACAAAUACUCAUGUUUCAGCGCAAGCCUUCUGGAUCCUUUGCUGCAGCCAUGGUGGAACUGGCUGGUUAGCCAAACACCACUUUGGCUGGCACCGAAUCUAAUUACAAUUGUCGGUCUCAUCCUCAAUAUUGUGACAACAUUGAUAUUAAUUUGCUACAGUCCAAAUGGCGUUGAAGCCCCACCACGUUGGACCUGUGCGCUGUGCGCCCUGGGACUGUUUGUCUACCAGAGCCUGGACUCGAUUGACGGCAAACAGGCGCGUCGCACGAACACAUCAUCGCCGCUGGGAGAGCUGUUUGAUCAUGGCUGUGACUCGAUAUCGACUGUGUUCGUGGCGCUCUCGGCCUGUAUCUCCUGCCAACUGGGGCACUACCCCAAUUGGCUCUUCUUUCAGUGCUUCUGUGCCAUUGCCUUGUUCUACUGCGCCCACUGGCAGACAUAUGUGUCUGGAACGAUGCGCUUCGGACGCAUCGACGUGACGGAGGCACAGUUCUCGAUUAUAGCCAUUCAUCUGGUGUCGGCGAUACUGGGUCCUGAGUUCUGGCUGACCAAGCUACCGGGCUUCGACUGUGAAAUGCGUAUUCUGCCACUGUAUCUGGCCUGUGGGAUAGAUUUGCUCUUGACCGUGCGCUGCGCAAAAUGCAUUUUGACCCUGGGCUGUGGCAAGAAUGGAUCAACGGUUGCUGGCACCAGUGUACUCUCCCCCAGCAUACCGCUUACGCUGGUGGUGCUACCAGCUCUGAUUAUUGCCCAGAAAUCGCCGGAGAACCUAUUCACCGAGCAUGCAUCUGUGUACAUAAUGGCCUUUGGAAUGGUGGCAGCCAAAAUAACCAACAAGCUGGUGAUUGCACACAUGACAAAGUCGGAGAUGGAAUAUCUGGACUGGUCGCUACUCGGUCCCUCGCUGCUGUUCCUCAAUCAAUACUUUAACUGCAUUGUGCCGGAGAUCUGGCUGCUCUGGUUCAUGCUCAUCUGGGGGACACAGGACCUGCUGCGCUACUGCUCGCAGGUGUGCCUAGAGAUCUGCCAGCAUCUGCGCAUCAAUCUGUUCAGGAUACCCUAUAACCCAAAGGCUGGUGUACCACAUCCGGCGACCGCUUCGGUCAGCAGUCAAAGCAACCUUGGCAGCAGUGCCGACAAAAAUGGCGGCACUUCGCAUCGAAAGUACAAGAGCAAACCUCAUUAAGCGCCCUUAAUCCUGGUCGAAGAAGGGCUCUGCUCUGGGCUGCAACCGAAGCCGCAACGGACAACGGUUUCCCAUUAAAUUAAUUAGUUUCCUUUUAUAAUUUUAUGUCGUUAGAGUUGGCUGAUAGAGGAGAAGUAAGGAGAAUGUGGAGAAUGAGUAGGAAACGAGGCGAGGAGAAAGUAAUACAAACCGUGUAAACGCAACCCAACAAAAUUUACAGUCAGUGUUUAAAGAAAAAGAAACCAAACAGGAACGAAGAAUUAGGAACGAGAUAGCAAAAAGGCAAAGCAAAAAUGUUGCUCUUAAGUUUUAAGAAACAGUUUACAAUUAUAUCAAUUAUAUAUGGCUAAAUAUAUAUUUUCUAUAAUUGUGUAA